UGGACGGAGCCAGGAUGUGGGAGCAAGGCAAGAAGAUCAUGAGGCGUCAGCCUUUCUUCAGCCCCUUUUCGGCCCUGGGCUUCGGGGUCCUUUCUCUGGCUUUCGCCUUGGCAGGGAGCCAGCUGGUGGAGCCCAGCACAGCACCCCCAAAACCCAAACCUCCCCCACUUACCAAGGAGACCGUCGUCUUCUGGGACAUGCGCCUGUGGCACGUGGUUGGCAUAUUUUCCCUCUUUGUCCUGUCUAUCAUCAUCACUCUGUGCUGUGUCUUCAACUGCCGAGUGCCCCGGACCCGAAAGGAGAUUGAGGCCCGGUACCUGCAGAGGAGGGCGGCUAAGAUGUACACAGACAAGCUGGAGACGGUGCCCCCACUGACGGAGUUAACCGAAGUGCCUGGAGGCUCCUCUGACAGGCUGCCCCCUCUCUCCGGCCACACCCAGUCCCCAUCUCUCGGAUCUCUGCCUGUGGUGAAGGAAGAGGAUGAGAUGACCCCACUGGGCAGCUAG